GAUUGUCUUAUAAGAACACCUCCCUUUGCUGGCAGAUGGCCUUCAAGACUGCUGUGCAAGUGUCUGAUGGAAGAGAACUUCAUCUUAACAGAACGGGUUGUGAAGACUAUGAGCUAUGUGAAUGCUUGCGACUUGGGUGGCCGGGUGGAGGUCAAAGUGGGAUGGGAGGACAUGCAACGUGUUGGAGUUGGUGGGUCGGUAUGUUGAGCAGAGGAGGCGCAGGUCAGACUUCUCAUAGUUACAGUCAUUAUAAUGAAUGA